CUCUACAAAUAUGUGAUGUUUGAAACCUACCUGAACCUCAAAGCUAUAGGCUAUAAUUGGGAAGACUAUCAUCUUGAAGAACAUUGUCAAAAUAAUAGAAGUUAUGAAAGGCAUGUAAGAAGAUAUACUGGAGUGAAACCCUAUGAGUGUAAUAUAUGUGGUAAAGCUUUUACAAGAUCAAGUCAUCUCCAAUAUCAUAAAAUAGCACAUACUGGAGAGAAACCUCAUGAAUGUAAUCAAUGUGGUAAAGCCUUUACAAGACCCAGUAAUCUCCAAACACAUAAAAUGGCACAUACAGGAAAGAAAACUUAUGAAUGCAAUCAAUGUGGUAAAGCCUUUGCACAGCACAGUUAUCUCCAAAUUCAUAAAAGAACACAUACUGGAGAGAAACCUCAUGAAUGUAAUCAAUGUGGUAAAGCCUUUGCAUGUCACAGUGAUCUCCAAAGACAUAAAAGAACACAUACUGGAGAGAAACCUUAUGAAUGUAAUCAAUGUGGUAAAGCCUUUGCAUGUCACAGUGAUCUCCAAAGACAUAAAAGAACACAUACUGGAGAGAAACCAUAUGAAUGUAAUCAAUGUGGUAAAGCCUUUGCACAGCACAGUCAUCUCCAAUAUCAUAAAAUGACACAUACUAGAGAGAAACCCUAUGAAUGUAAUCAAUGUGGUAAAGCCUUUGCAUGUCACAGUAAUCUACAAACACAUAAAAGAACACAUACUGGAGAGAAACCAUAUGAAUGUAAUCAAUGUGGUAAAGCCUUUGCACAUCCCAGUGGUCUCCAAAGACAUAAAAUGACACAUACUGGAGAGAAACCUUAUGAAUGUAAUCAAUGUGGUAAAGCCUUUGCACAUCGCAGUGGUCUCCAAAGACAUAAAAUGACACAUACUGGAGAGAAACCUUAUGAAUGUAAUCAAUGUGGUAAAGCCUUUGCAAGACCCACUCACAGUUAUCUACAAAGACAUAAAAGAACACAUACUGGAGAGAAACCUUAUGAGUGCCAUCAAUGUGGUAAAGCCUUUGCACAGCGCAGUCAUCUCCAAUAUCAUAAAAGAACACAUACUGGAGAGAAACCAUAUGAAUGUAAUCAAUGUGGUAAAGCCUUUGCAUGUCACAGUAAUCUACAAACACAUAAAAGAACACAUACUGGAGAGAAACCUUAUGAAUGUAAUCAAUGUGGUAAAGCCUUUGCACAGCACAGGUAUCUCCAAAGACAUAAAAGAACACAUACUGGAGAGAAACCAUAUGAAUGUAAUCAAUGUGGUAAAGCCUUUGCACAGCACAGUAAUCUCCAAUCUCAUAAAAGAACACAUACUAGAGAGAAACCUUAUGAAUGUAAUCAUUGUGGUAAAGCCUUUGCAAGACCCAGUCAUCUCCAAUAUCAUAAAAGAACACAUACUGGAGAGAAACCUUAUGAAUGUAAUCAAUGUGGUAAAGCCUUUACAAGACCCAGUUAUCUCCAGUAUCAUAAAAUAACACACAGUGGGCAGAAAACUUACUAA